ACAGCCAGUGCCAUAACAGAAGGGAUCCUACACUUGGGAAGCAUAAACAUAGUUACUGCAAAUCUGAAGCCUGGAAUAUGGAGUGGGUAUUUUGUUGUUUGGCGGCUGUUUGUGCUGGUUUAGUUUUGUUUUUGGUCAAGAUUUCAACAACGAUAUGGUGGAAGCCUCUGCAAGUGAAAAAGUCCUUCGAAGCUCAAGGAAUCAGGGGCCCUCCAUACAAGCUAAUCUAUGGGAAUACCACAGAUUUAUCCAGAAUGAUCGAUGAGCAGAAAUCCAAACCCAUGCCACUCUCACAUGACAUACUCCCUCGAGUUCUUCCCCAUGUUCAUCAGUGGACCAAAACCUACGGUGAGGAUUUUAUUUACUGGUUUGGCCCUCGUGCCAGGCUGGUUGUUCCCCACCCUGAGCUUAUUAAAGAGAUAUGUUCCACUAAAAUUGGCAACUAUACAAAGAUUCUGGGAAAUCCGCUUUCAAGGCAACUGGUUGGACAGGGGCUUGUGGGGUUGGCAGGUGAGAAAUGGGCUCAGCACAGGAAGAUCAUCAAUCCUGCUUUCCAUAUGGAUCUCUUGAAGGGUAUGGUUCCAACAAUUGUGAAAACCAGUGCCAGUAUGUUGGAUGAAUGGAGUAAAUUGGUAUUGUCAGGUGCAUCAGAAAUUGAAGUGCAAAAGGAGUUCAACGAUCUCACAGCAGAUAUUAUUACCCGUACAGCAUUUGGAAGCAGUUUUGCAGAGGGAAAACAUAUAUUUGAUAUGCAGACCAAACAGAUGAUUCUUGCAAUUGAAUUAUUUCGCAGUGUUUAUAUUCCAGGUUUCAGGUUUCUGCCUACUACAAAGAAUAGGCAACGAUGGAAUUUGGAGAAAGAAAUAAGAAGAUGCUUAAGACAAGUUAUAGAUGCCAGGGAAAAGACUGUUGAGAUGGGAAAAACUGGUAGUUAUGGUGCCGAUCUGCUUGGUUUAAUGAUGUCUGAAAGCAAGAAGCAGGGGAGAGUCGAUGUCAAAAGUAAUGUAAGCCUGAGUACAGAGGAAAUCAUUGAUGAAUGUAAGACUUUCUACUUUGCCGGUCAUGAAACAACAUCAGUGCUCUUGACAUGGACUAUAAUACUGCUGGGCAUACAUCAAGAUUGGCAAGAGCUAGGUCGCAGAGAGGUGUUGGAAGUAUGUGGGAGAAACAAAUAUCCAGAUGCAGACAGCUUAAGUCGCCUCAAAAUUGUGGGAAUGAUUAUAAAUGAGGUCUUGAGGCUUUAUCCACCUGUAGUAGCUAUAACGCGACAGGCAUGUGAGACAACAGAACUUGGGAGGCUGUCAAUUCCUGCAGGCACUCAAUUUAUGAUUCCGAUCCUUGCAUUGCACCAUGAUCCUGCUUUGUGGGGAAGUGAUGCCAAAGAUUUCAACCCAGGGCGAUUUAGUAAGGGAAUUGCAAAGGCUGCAAAGCAUCCAAUGGCAUUCAUGCCCUUUGGUGCAGGUCCAUAUAUAUGUGUGGGUCAGAAUUUUGCCUUGUUGGAAGCAAAAUUAGUUUUGACCAUGAUUCUGCAAAAAUUUUAUUUUGAGACUUCACCAUCUUAUACUCAUGCCCCUUUGCUUCUAGCUACUAUGAGACCUCAGCAUGGAGCUCAGGUUAUCUUCCGCAUGGACUAAUAUUGGACAACAGGACUGCCUAGAAACUCCUAAUUAGAGAUAAUUCUCAAGUCUCGAUCGUGUAGAUGUUGAAUAUUUUGAAAAUUUAAGUUUACGUAUUGUUAUGAGGUCAUUUUAAUGAUCUAGUAAAUAAAAUGUUUAGAUAGUUCUAGUUUCUCUCGAGAAUUUACAAAGUACAUUCAGAAAAUCUUUAAUGAGUAUUAAUAUUAUUAGAAUUAUGAUUUGAUUUUUAGAA